AUGGCCACGCCGAACCCGCUCGAGGGCACCCACCGCGCCACCCCGCCGCCCCGCGUCUCGCAGAAGACUUUCCACAUUGCGGGAAUCCUCACAACCGUCCACGGGCUUGAUGAGCUGUCAUCGCCCUCGCAGCCCGUCGCCUGUCUGUGGCUGCUGAAUCCACGCCUUCAGACACAAGAAUGCAUGGCGCCAAUUGCCGCACAGGCAAUCACGGCCUGGAACAAGCGUCUGCAGAGCGGAGGGGGUGGUGCGGGGCAGGCCAAAGGCCUGAUAGCCGUGAGCUUCGACCAGCGCAACCACGGUACCAGAAAGGUCGACGCCCUUUCAAACGAGGCUUGGCGCAGCGGCAACCCGCGUCAUGCCCAGGAUAUGUUCUCCAUCUAUCAUGGCACGGCUAACGACACUUCCCUGCUUUUGACCUACCUUGCUGCUUACAUCGAACCUGAAAUAACUCAAAAUCUCGUUCUCGGCAUCUCGUUGGGCGGCCAUGCCACCUGGCUGGUCGCUCUCCACGACCCUCGCAUCACCACAGCCGUGUCUAUCAUUGGGUGCCCGGACUACACAUCUCUGAUGGUUCAGAGGGCAGAAAAGUCAAAGCUGCAGACCUGGACUUCCAGUGAGCCUCCGGGCUCGCGUUUCAUUGGCUCGGCCGACUUCCCUCGGGCGCUUGUAGAAGCUGUCGCCCUGUACGACCCUGCAGGCUUACUGAUGGGCGGCAUCGCGAAUCCAGAUGCCUUGACUGCUGCCGAGAAGCAAGAGCUCGGAUCAAAAUUGAAUAGCCGACUUAGGGGGAAGCGGAUACUGAACCUUUCCGGCGGUGCCGAUAAGCUCGUUCCUUACGCUUGUGGCGAAAAGUUCUUGAAAUUUUUGAAGAAAUUCGUCAAAGAAGAAGCGCCUGCUUUAGGAUUGGAACUAGAGGAUCUCAUCUUCAAUGGUGUUGGGCAUGAGACGACGCCUGCGAUGGCUGAGCGUGCGGUGAACUUCAUCUGCGACAGCAUUGCAUCGGAGAAACCCUCAUCAUCUUCGGUCCGAGAGUCGAAGAUCUGA